AUGGCUCCCCGCAAUGCCCCAUCAGACGACAAAAAACCCCUCAAAUUCCUCAUGCUCCACGGCUACACACAAUCCGGUCCUCUCUUCCGCGCCAAAACCGGUGCUCUCUCCAAAGCCCUCACAAAGGCUUUUCCCUUGCACACCGUGACCUUAUCCUACCCAACCGGCCCGCUUCGUCUAAACCCAGCGGAUAUCCCAGGCUACACCCCAUCAUGGAACGACCCGCUCGCCGCAGAAACCGAAAUCGAAGCAUACGGAUGGUGGCGGCGCUCUGACAAGACCGCAAGCGAAGCACCGGAAUAUGUUGGGUUGAAUAAUGGGCUGGCCACCGUGGCCAAGACGCUGAAAGAAGAAGGACCGUUUGACGGCGUCGUGGGCUUUUCGCAAGGUGCGACUAUGGCGUUUAUUGUUGCGAGUUUGUUAGAGCCCGGAAGGAAAGAUGCAUUCGAUGCUGCCAUAUCCAGCGGUAAUAAUAGCUAUGGAAUUCCGUUUCCGCCUGAAUUCAAUGCCGAAAAUACAGGAGACCAUCCGCCGUUUAAGUUUGCGCUGCUGUAUAGCGGGUUCCGCGCAGCUGGGCCGAGAUAUAAUGCAUUCUACGAAAAUCCGCAGUUGCAAACGCCCGCGUUACAUGUGCUGGGUACGCUGGAUGCUGUUGUUGACGAGGCUAGAGGUCGACAGCUUAUUGCUGCGUGUGCUGGUGAUCCAGAGAAACAAGGGAGAGUAAUUUUCCAUCCCGGUGGACAUUUUGUGCCGAGUCAAAAGACGUAUUUGGAUGCUGCUGUUGGGUUCGUCAGAAGGGGUUUGGAGCAAGAUGGCGGCGACAACAUGGAGCAAGAAGAAAGGGUGGAGGAUAUGGAUUUGCCGUUUUGA